AGACCAGUGAGCCUCCUGAUCCACUAAGACCAUAUGGUGUUUUUCAUAAAAGAGAGAGAUCAUUCCCUUGACUUUGGACUUUGCUUAUUGAACCCCUGAACAGAAUCAAGGUUGCUAAGAGACCACCUGUGCUGAAUGCACUUUGUUCUGGCAAGAGCAGAAAACUGAGAAGCCGUGUUACCUACCACUAGCUGGGAUUAAUUCAGGGAGCGGGAGUGUUCUGGAUAUGACUGGUAAAAACUGGAUAUUAAUUUCUACUACUACUCCCAAAAGUCUAGAAGAUGAAAUUGUGGGAAGACUUCUAAAAAUUUUGUUUGUUAUCUUUGUUGACUUAAUGUCUAUUAUAUAUGUUGUGAUAACUUCUUAGAAAGCUGACUUCCUUUCCAUGUACAUUUCAAAUUGAAUUACAGUGAAUAAAAAUGUGUUAUUUUAAUAUGUUGAGUGACUCACAUUUUAUGACAUUGCCAAUUUAUUCUAGAAGCCAACAGGAGACGGCAAUACAAACAACAUUGUGUAUUGUUUAGUUCUUUAUGGUUUAUGAAACAUUCACAUAUACUGAAGUGAAUUUUUUUCCCCAAAAACACCUAUCCUACUGAGUCAUGAAAGUUCUAGAUUUUUGGCCAGGCAUGGUGGCUCACAUCUGUAAUCCCAGCACUUUGAGAGGCCCAGCUAGGUGGAUCCCUUGAGUGCAGAAGUUCGAUACAGGCCUGAGCAACCUGAAGAAACCAUCUCUA